AAAGAGAAAAAAAUAGGAGGACACCAGUCGCGAAGUCAAAAUCCAAAAUCCGUCGCCAAAGUUGCACAUUCGGUUGCGCCGUCAUCGAGAAAAUCCAAGAAAAAAAUAAUCAAAAAGUGGACAACCGUGAUCUAGAUUAUUGUUGUUUUCGCUAAUACAUUUGGACGAUAAUAUGGCUCCGUUGAUUGUUGGGAUUAUUUUGAUCUGAAUUAUGAUGGUGGAAGAAAUUUAGUGGAGGGCAAAAGUAAAAUACACAGAAGUGUGGAAAAUGUUUUGUGGUGGUAGAAGAGCUGAGGCGAAAUUGGUUCGCUGAUAUUUUUCUCCUCAUCGAUGUCGUGCUGUGAGAAGUGAAAAGCUGCUGCUGUCUGGAAGAUUUUAUUUUAAUACUGGUUAGGCCAGCUAGGCGCGCGGGGUGGAGGGGGCGUGUUACGGAAGAAGUAUAGUUGAAUAGUCUGAUUGAAAGUGCAAGGUUCCCCCCAGCGGGCGGAACGUUCCGCGGAAAAUGUCCGACGAUCCGGUGCCAACGAAAUCCAAGUGUCGAAGAAAGUGGCCGCUGCGAUUGGCCAGCAGUGUUUGGUGGGUGCAUUUCUGGCCGCUGGGUCUGAUUUUGAUACAGUUUUGCGUGCUGACCCUGGCAGGCGGAAGUAACUCUGGGAUCAGCCUGGCGGGCACGGCCUCCGUUGGCAAAUGCUCCGACAUCAAGUGCAUGAACGGGGGCAGCUGCCGCAAUGGAACUUGCGUUUGCCCGGACGGAUGGCAGGGCUCCGAGUGCCAAUUUUGCGGAGGAAAAGUUAGGUUGACCGAUCCAUCGGGCAGCGUCCACGACGGUCUGGGCAAUUACUCAAUUGGUGUCAAAUGUAGCUGGCUGAUCGACGCACGUGACCACAACAGCAUAGCCGACAAACUCUCGCCGGCCGGAAGCGGGAAACCAUCGGUCAUUCGGUUACACCUGGAGGAGUUUGCGACCGAGUGUGGCUGGGAUCAUCUGUACGUGUACGAUGGCGACAGUGUAGAGUCGCCGCUGUUGGCCGUGUUCAGCGGGCUGAUGUACCGGAAGAAUUUCAGUAUCCGACGGAUUCCGGAGGUUUUUGCGCACAGUGGUUCGGCAUUGCUACAUUUUUUCAGUGACGAUGCGUACAAUAUGUCGGGGUUUAACAUCAGCUACGAGGUCAACGCCUGUCCUACGGUGGAUACCUCGGCCAACUGUUCCGGGCAUGGCGAUUGUGUAUAUGGGGAGUGUAACUGCGACAUCGGAUGGAGAGGACCGGCUUGCAAUGUGGCCAUAUGUCCGAACAACUGUUCGGCGAAUUUGGGUAGAGGCGCAUGCAACGUUAUACAGCGGCGGUGCAUUUGUGCGAAGGGAUUCGAUGGUAACGAUUGUUCCCAGGUGCGCGCUCAUGGUGUAUGGACAACGAUUACAUCCGAGGAGACGAUUGGGUUCGCUCCACCGGGGAGUGCCUCUCACGGUGUGGCUGUUUUCGGAGAUACGUUUUACAUAAUAGCCGGAGAAACUUACAGGAAGGCCAAGUCGCUGAUGUACAUGUAUGACUUCAAUGGCAAAGUCUGGGAGACAGCUCAUACGGAUUCGAAGACUACACCGGAUUUUCGGUAUGGUGCAUCAACGGUUAUGUACGGAGAUAAGAUCUUUAUGUACGGUGGGGUCAUAGAGGGGAAGGGUAUGUGUGGUGAACUGUGGGCAUUUGACGUGAGUGCUAAAAAUUGGGAGAAUAUUACGGUGAAGGCAGAACAAUGCAAUGAAACUUAUGCCAUGUGUGGGCCACUGAAAUCGGCCGGUCAUACGGCUACGUUAAUCUCAAACUUCGAAGGAGGUAAAAAGGGACAUUCGCAGAGAAUGGUGGUUAUAUUUGGGCAUUCGCCACAGUUCGGGUAUUUGAACACCGUGCAGGAGUACAAUUUUGGUACUCGUGAAUGGAAAAUUGUUAGAACUAGAGGCUACCCUGUAAAAGGAGGGUACGGACAUUCGGCGGCGUAUGAUCCUUUGAAGGAACGUAUUUAUGUCUACGGGGGAAUAAUCUCCGAGAGUGAUAGCACCCAGCUAUUGAGUAACAAAUUGUACAGUUACGAGCCGCAUAGUCGAGUUUGGACUUUGGAAGCUGCUGCCCCAACUGCGAGAUUCCUGCAUACUGCCAAUUUCAUCAGCCCAGGAUUGAUGAUGGUAUUUGGCGGUAACACCCAUAAUGACACUUCCCAUAGUUUCGGAGCCAAAUGCUAUAGUAAGGACCUCAUGGUGUACGAUGUUCUUUGCAAUUCGUGGCACGUGCAACAUAUGCCGCAAGAUUUACGAGCAGACCUGGCCCGGUUCGGACACUCGGCUAUAAGCUUUGAGCAAUCUCUGUACAUUUACGGUGGAUUUGAUGGUCAGAUGAUCAACGAUAUGCUCAAAUUUACGCCUGGAAAUUGCAGAGCAUUGAACCGGUCAGAACAGUGUUUGAAUACUCGACCAGGGUACAAAUGUAUCUGGGACAUCACGAAAGGUAAAUGUGCUCCGAUUCUAGACGUGGACAAGGCAAUUCUUUUCAGCAGAGAUCAGACCAACUAUUAUGACAUCUGUCCUCAGGAGAGCAGGUUGGUAAUGACCCGUCAAGCCCUCCAAGACUACGAACACUGCAAUCAGCUGUUCAGCUGUCAGAGCUGUGUCUCUACUGCAUACGGGUGCAUGUUCUGCGGAAUCGGAAACGGUAAAGGCUAUUGCGCUAAAGAGAAGUGCCCAGACGUGUCCUACACGUAUCGAGCAGAUUUCUAUCCUACGCGGAAAUUGAAAGACUGUCCGGAAAAUGACGAACAGAUAUGUAGUCAAUUACACGGAUGCCAUGCCUGCUCGGCUUAUACAUUCUGUCAUUGGGACUAUGAGCAUAGCAAAUGUUUUUACGUCGGAAAUAAGACUAGCGACAUUAUAAAUGAAGCACUUCCAUGUCCUCCGGCGUGCUCGGUGCUGACAACAUGUGGCAAUUGCACGCAGGAAGAAUGCAUCUGGUGCCAGAAUGAGCAACGGUGCGUCGACAAAAAUGCCUACACUGCUAGCUUCCCGUACGGCCAGUGCCGUGAAUGGACGACCGGUUCAAAUAAAUGCCGCGCUGCAAGCUCCGGGAAAAGUCAGUGCGGUUUCUAUAAAACUUGCGCACAGUGCCGUGAUGACCCUGCUUGCGGCUGGUGCGAUGAUGGCUCAAUGAAAGGGCUUGGUAAAUGUCUUCCUGGAGGUGAUUCCGGAGCCCACGAGGAAAUGGAGUGCCCUGCAACUCGGUGGCACUUUACUCACUGCCCCAGUUGUCAAUGCAAUGGCCAUAGCACUUGUCCAGAUUCGAAAACCUGUAAGCAACCAUGCGAUGACCCAAUGAUGGGUGCGAAUUGCGAAAAAUGCAAACCCGGUUACUGGGGUAAUCCCGUGAAUGGCGGCACUUGUCAGAAAUGCGACUGCAACGGGCAGGCUCAGUACUGCCACAGUGAAACUGGAAAAUGCUUCUGCAGCACAAAAGGUCUUGCGGGCGAUCAUUGCGAAAAAUGCGACGCCACCAACCACUACCACGGUGACCCCAGCCGAGGGUCAUGCUACUAUGAUCUCACUAUUGAUUAUCAGUUCACGUUUAACCUCUCUAAAAAGGAGGACCGCCAUUUCACACAGAUCAAUUUCCGAAACUCACCCAUCAAGUCGGAUAUUGACGCCGAUUUCAGCAUCACCUGCUCGGUGGCAGCAAAAAUGAACAUCACAAUCCGAACGGCUGGCGGACCGGAAAAGCCAUUAUUUGCUUCCGUCAAUUGUUCAACCUUCCGGUAUCGGUUCUCGAAAGCCGAACAUCACUUCGGAAUAGAAGAGAACGUAACGCUGACUACGUUCUACGUGUACGUGUACGACUUCCAACCGCCGCUCUGGAUACAGAUUGCCUUUUCGCAGUAUCCAAAGCUGAACCUGCAGCAAUUCUUCAUCACUUUCUCUACAUGCUUCCUGCUCCUCCUGCUGAUGGCUGCCAUACUGUGGAAGAUUAAACAACGUUACGACAUGUUCCGCCGGAGGCAACGGCUCUUUGUCGAAAUGGAGCAGAUGGCGUCCAGGCCAUUCUCUCAGGUGCUGGUAGAAAUCGAGAGCAAAGAGUACAAUGAGCUCUCACCAGCCGUAGAGAAUAUCACCAGUGCUCCAAGGAAGCGAAAAAAGGAUUCGCCAAGCCCAAUCGCACUAGAACCGUGCGAAGGCAACAGGGCGGCGGUGUUGUCGCUUCUAGUCCGGCUACCGACAGGUGAGACCUCCGGUGGCCAUCAACACUCUCCUCCUGGUCAAUCGGCAGGUCUUGCCGUAGCAAGUGCAUUAGUAACGUUAGGUAACCCACGACGACCGUCGAUAGAGCACCCGAAGGAACCUAAGACUAAGCGUAAGCAAAGCCAACACCCCGAUAGUUGUAUAUAAGGGAAACUACAAGCGUAAGAGAAAGAAUAAAACUGAGAAGGUAAGUAAAACAAAUAAUAGAAGCAACUAAUUAUUAACUAAUUAUAAACAAAACCAACCUAAUACCAGCAGAAUAUUGUAAACGAAGAUGAUUAUCAAUCUAUCGACAUAAGUUAGAAGACGGAUAGUCAAAGAAAGGUGCAAGCAAAGUGAACAGUGAACGAGGUUUGCGAUAGAAUUUAUAAAUUUUAAUGUGAUUCAGAUAGGAAAGCAAAUCGUGCGUGAAAAGUUUACUCAUAUUAUUUUCCGCAUGAUCUUCAGAUAGAAAGAAGAAAAAAAAGGAAAACGAGGACAAAAUUUUACACUUGCGAAUUGUGAAUAGUAGGAAUUAUGUAAUGUGAUUGAGUUUAAAUAGAAAAGCAAUUUUGAUGCUUGUAAGCUUCUACACAUCACAGAUGUUGAAGAUUCAAGGUGUCUCUUAAUCAUAUAUUUUCUUCCGGAUUAAAAUUAUUUUCUUAUUUUCUUCCGGAUUAUAGCUGUUCGAUUCUAGACUUUCCAUCGCCAUAGCCUUUCCUAGACAUCCCAUAGCCAUUUAUAUUUGAGUAUCAAUACCGCUUAUCGAAAACAGACGAAAUCGUUUUUUAGGCGCAAAUAAAUUUUUUUGAAUAUAUUUCGUUUUUGGUUGAGUAUAACCUAAGAACUGACUGAAAAAAAAAGAAAUGUGAAGUUGCUUGUCAAAUAUUCAGAAUUGCAAUUUUCCAAUCCUGCUUAUUUGGUUAACAUAUAUUUUCUGCCACGGAUUCGCUACUUGUGUGGCUAAGUUUACUAAUCAUGUGUUAAUACUGUAUUGGUUGCCCUGUAAAAAUUGUUUGCAAUUUUUUAAGCAUCCUUGGACACCCAUAAGAGUUUCUGUUUCAGUAAAUCGGUGAGGCAUUUUCAAAAAUCAUCAGAAGUGGAAAUUUUAGUAUUUUACCUUUCAGUUGAAGUCCUUUGAAGAAAUUGGGAGUCUAUCUCCCGGUUCGUUGGUAUAUACCCACAGCCCUGUAAUCAUCUUUCUUCAUAUAAUGGGAAAUUUCAUCAAAAAAAAUGGAGUCUGUUAUAUUGUUUAUUUCGUUUUUUUGUGAGUUACCUUUUUUUUUAUAAACAAUGCAAUGGGUAAGAUGAACACACAUGGCCUCUGAACGAACGUUAAGGUGCGUAAUAACAUACCCACAUUCACUCACGAAAAACUGAAAACGAAUGAAUUUAACACAAAAUCAAAACUAGGGAAAUCCGGCUGAUCUCGGCGGUGGAUCAGAAGAACUACAAAGGGGGAAGUUCUGUUGGGCGGAAAAAUAAUCUUUAACACGGGCAAGAAUAGAAGAAAAAACUGAAAUGAUGAUCUGUACUAUCGGCGGUUGCACGCGGAAAAAUCGUUUAAUCGACGUGUGACGCUAAAAUAAUGUACUAUUAUUCUACUAAAUAGUGUGUAGUGGCAACUGCGGUACACUAUUUCAACGACGAGUGAAGAGCAAACGGUUUGUAAGAAAGAGAGAUACUAGUUCAUAGGUAGUACUACGAAUAAAACUAAAGUCUGGUGAUGCUGAAAAGGAAGGUUUAGCAUAAUAUGCGCUCUUUAAGCAGUUUCAACUACUCAACAGCAAAACGAUGCUCGAAACGAGCGGUGAAAAGUAGAGUUUGUAAAAAGAGAACGUAUAAGUAAGUCGAGGAAAUCAAAUAAUAAAACAUACACACGUACAGACAGCGAGGAAAAAGUAUUUUAUGGCAUUUGUUGCAAGAAUAUAAAAAUGAGAAAAUUCGAUGAA